GCCCUUUUGUCCAAAAAUCGUAACUUAAAAAUUUAUCAUGACAUCUCUUUAUCUAUCUUGCGCCACCACCACCACCGCCUCCCGCCACCCCUUCCUCAAGCCACAACAUGUCAUCACCACCCAUGCAAAGCCCAGCCACCCCCUCCACCAGAUUUCUUGCUCCUCCACCACCAGCCAAAACCAAAACGACGACACGAAAUCCCAAAGCGGCAAGGUCGUCGACAGAAGGAACGUGCUUCUCGGAAUGGGCGGGCUCUGCGGCGCGGCCAACCUUGUUUCUAAUACUCCGGCGGCAUCCGCGAACCCCAUUUUGCCGCCGGAGCUGAACAAGUGCGGCACCGCCACCAACUGGAACAACGGGGAGUCGCUCGACGGUAUCAAUUGCUGCCCACCGCUUACGACGGAUAUCAUCGACUACAAACUCCCCCCCGUUUUUCGUAUGAAGAUCCGGCCGUCUGCCCAUAGGGCUAGCGCGGAAUACAUGUACAAGUACAACUUAGCCACCGAUCGGAUGAAAAGACUCCCGGCUGACGACCCGCGUAACUUCAUGCAGCAAGCAAACAUCCACUGCGCAUACUGCAACGGCGCUUACGAUCAACCGGGGCAAGGCACGCUCGAUAUUCAAAUCCACAAGUGUUGGCUCUUCUUCCCUUUCCACAGGUGGUAUCUGUAUUUCUACGAAAGGAUCCUCGGGAAACUCAUCGGAGAUCCCACGUUCGCUUUGCCCUUUUGGAACUGGGACAACCCUAAAGGCAUGACGAUCCCUCCCAUGUUCGUCGAAGAUCCUAGAUCCGCUCUCUACGACAGGAAGCGCAACCAGAAGAACUUGCGCGCGGUGGUGGAUCUCGGUCUCACCGAUGCUACCGACACUCUCCAGGUGGUGUCCAACAAUCUCACCAUCAUGCACAACGAGAUGAUCCGCGGUAUCUCCGACCCGUUGGACUUCAUGGGAGCCCGUUACAGCGAGGGGUCCGACCCGAACCCCGGCGAAGGGUCGGUGGAGCGCGGGUCCCACACGUCCAUCCAUGCCUGGGUCGGCGACCCGGAGCAGCCCAGCGGUGAGGACCUCGGGAACUUCUACUCCGCCGGGCGGGACCCGCUCUUCUACUGCCACCACGCCAACGUGGACCGCAUGUGGUAUCUGUGGCAGCGUCUUCCGAACAACAAGUUGCCCGACAAGAGGAUAACCGACCCUGAUUACCUCAAUGCCAGCUUCCUCUUCUACGACGAGAACGCGCAGCUGGUGAAAGUUUACGUCAGGGACACUUUCGACAACCGGAGAAUGGGAUUCGAUUACGAACGGAUCGACCUGCCGUGGAUGGACUACAGGCCACCGUUGCAGGCGGCCCGGACGAAGAUCAACAAAGUCGACGCUCCCAACGCUAAGACGUUGUUCCCUCUGAAGCUGGACCGGGUCGUGAGAUUCCAGGUCGACAAGACGAAGAAGGGGAAGGCGGACGAGAUACUGGUGCUGGAGAACAUUACGGUGGACGCGUCGAAGCUGCUAAAGUUCGACGUGUUUGUGAACGACGAGGACGACAACCCGAGCGAGCUGGACAAGGCUUCGUACUUGGGGACUUACGCGCAGUUGCCGCACAAACCGAGGAGCGGUACUACUUCGAACUCAUCCAGCAUCAGGCUGAAGCUCACGGAUCUGUACGAUGACAUCGACAUCGGGGACGAUGACGCCAUCGUGGUGACGCUGGUGCCGAGGCAUCAAGGCCCCGGUGUUACCAUUGGCGGUAUCAAGAUUAUUGAGAAUCCAACUAAACCUAACCCCACCGCUGCCGCCGCCACCGAUGCCACCACCACAACCGCCACCUCGUCCGGCUAGUCGGAGUUGAUGAGUGAUCCCUGCUCGAUCAUAACCACGACGACACGUGGAUUGUGUUCCUGAUUAAGUUGGUUGAAUAAUUAAGGGUUCCACCCUUUGUGUUUUAAUUGUGUUUUUAAUGUGUGUGUUGUCCCGCGAAUUGCUUCUGAAAUUAAUGUUUCUGGCUGUGUUGUACUUUUUCCUCGUGUUCAAAUAAAACUGAAGCUGCAAUUAUUUUA